AUGCAGAGAAAUGUUGUCGGGACCAAUGUCACUGAGCCGGACAACGCAGCCAACGUUACCGCCCUUCUUACCGAGGAGGAGGGACCGGCCAAGGCCAACGACAACAUCGCCACGGUAACUGCGACGAGCAGCUCUGCCAGUCCCGACACUGUGACCCAGAGGGCGGGGCGUAUCCCCCGAGCCGGCGAAGAGGAGGAGCAGAGCAGCGGCAUGUUCGGUGAAUCUGUGGUUCCUGCGGUGGAGGAAGCUGGUGUUGCGGCCCCGCCUCCGCUCAUCCCCGAUUCGGCCGAGACGGAGCACCUGCUGCCUAGCAACCCACUUAAACCGGAUGAGGGUGAGGAGGAGGAUGAGGAGGAGGAGCGUCUGCCACACACCGACCCACCUUGGAUCCACGCUAAGGACACAGCCGUGUUUGACCUGGACCACCUCUUCACCACCACUGCCCCGCCACCAGCCGUCACUAACCCCUCCAACCCGGACGUCCUCCAUGUGGACUUCUUCGACCCUUCGUCUCGCGGCCGCGGCCUGGACCUGGCACCGCCCUCUCCUUCAUCACUGGCCCAUGAGCUGCAGGGUGGUGACCCAACCUCCUGGGCGAUGCCAGACAACUACGACUACCUCACGCCCUAUGAGGACGGCGUGUCCCCCACCGCCGAUGAGUACACCUACAGCACCACAACUGAGGCCUACGAGAGCGAUGAAGACCUCCGACUGUCCGCUGGGUCACCGCCUCGCUCCAGGCCUCGUGCCCCGGCGUCCUUCAUCCCCGGGGCAGCACUUCCUGGUGCUGGAGCUCCAGUUCCAAACAUCCCUGGGGCAGCUCCUCCUGCUGCCUUGCCGGUGGACGGGUCAGACGGGUUGGGCGGAUGCCGCAUGGGCUACCAGAUGGUGAACGGAAGUUGCCGCUCGCCCUGCGAUAUGCUGCCCAACUACUGCUUCAACGGGGGACAGUGUUACCUGCAGGAGGGUUUGGGAGUCUUCUGCAGAUGUAAUGUCCAGGAUUACAUCUGGCACAAGGGCGCUCGCUGCGAGUCUGUGGUGACCGAGUUCCAGGUGAUGUGUCUGGCCGUGGGCGCCUCGGCUCUGGUGGUCCUGCUGCUCUUCAUGAUCGUCGUCUGCUUCGCCAAGAAGCUCCACGUCCUCAAGACGGAGAACAAGAAGCUGCGCAAGCGCAGCAGUAAGUACCGGCCUUCAUCGGAGCAGCACAAUGAUAAUUUCUCGCUGUCCACCAUCGCUGAGGGCUCCCACCCAAAUAAAACCAUGAGCAGAUACACCUGGGAGUGUAAGACCAAAGAGGAGUCCGACUGCGAGGAUGAUCCUAAUUCCCAGAACAAGCUGGAGGACCCGGUGAAGGCCCCGCCCAAGGAGGAUGACUCCCUCAACAUCCACAACUCUCUGACCCCCAAACACGAGAACCACAAGGUCCUGGGCGAGGAGAACUCCUCGGAGGUAAACUCACUGCAGAACAACAUGAUGUGAAAACAAAAAACAAAACAUCCCCAGCAACCUGACAACACGACCCCACGAAAACGACAAGGUGCGCCGGCAAAAGGAAGCCCCCCCAAUUCCCUCCCUGCUCUCCGUCAGUGCGCUGCCGAGUGCGCCUAACCGGUCAACCGACCCACCGACCAACCGACCAACCGACCAGCCAGCCAGCCAACAUACCAGCCAACCAACCCAGUCUGCAACCGUCUCUGACACGGCAACACUGCCACCAAGCGGCCUGGGUCGCUGAAAAAACACUUACACCACCACCACCGCUGCCACUGCCCGAGUAACCCUGCCCCCCGCCAGCCUCACCCUGCCGCCGCCUUGCAACCCCCCCUCUUCCUCUUACAUCCAAUCACUCCCCUGUUUCGCAGCCCCGCCCCCCUUAUUGCUGUCACUCUUCUCUCCUCUUAUUUCUUACCUGCACACACACACACACACACACAGACACACGCACACACAUACACAUGCACGUAGUGUGCAUACACAUACAGUGAAAAGAUGAAGUCAUAGACAUGCUUAUAUGUAUACACACACACACACACACCUUCCCCUGCCUGCAUUGGUGUAUUUUGUAAAAAGAAAGAAAUCAUACAGAAGUUUAAAACUUACGUAAAACGUCAUUGUAAAAAAAAAAAUGUUACGAUAAAGCUACUGAGAGGUUUUGAUGUUUGUCUGACUAAUCCAGUGAGUAUGUAUAAAUAUUGGAAAAAAAAUUGCUUGGAUUGAUUUAAAAAGAAGCAACACAAUGUGUCUUGGUUUUCUUUGAUGUGAUUUCUAAUCCUUUGAUGUACUUGUUUUUUUUUUGUACUUUUUUGGGACUUCGAACUGAGAACAAACAAACAUGAUUCAGACAGUUGUUGAAAUAAACCUUUUUAACAUGA